UGGUGAUGCAGGCCCGCAGAGACAAUUAUUGGCACAAGCCGGUUUCGCUGAAGUGUGCGAGCUGUUGGAAAGUUCGCGCUAUUUUCGAUUGAAAUCUUUCUGCUUCCUUAGAGACGGGGAUUUACUAUCAAGCUGCGUGCAAUUGCGGGAUUCGACAUGAGCUCCGUGCUGUAGUUCUGCCUUUCUUGUCUAAAGAGCAACGAUGCUGCCACUUCUCCUCCCGAUCCCGGUCUCUCCCGUGGAGGCAAUGUCAAUAUUUGAAACUAAAAACUUUUCUCUCGGAGGAAGCGAUGCCAGAACACCUUGCCGUGGCCCGCGUGAAUGUUUGACCAGCUUCUGCCGCAACACACACACAGACAGCGCCAAAGGGAAGGGGGACUACUCACACUUGGAGGCGUGGGCGGGGGAGAGAACUAGUCAUCGGUGUACCGAUCACUGCCGACACCAAGGUGAAAUAAGUGUGGAGGUGGCCCGCCAUGCUGCUUGUCGUGCUUGAUGUGUCUGGGGAUGGCCUGUGACUGCCUGGCGGAGGACGUGCAGGUGACAACGAGGCUGGGCAUCGUGCGUGGCCGGCGGGUGAGCACCGAACCCUCGGGGUCAGUGGACAUGUUCCUCGGCAUCCCCUACGCCCAGCCGCCGGUUGGGUCGCAUCGCUUCCAGAGGCCGCGCCAGUCUCGUGCGUGGGCGGGCGUGCGUGACGUCACAUCGUUCGGGGCUGCUUGUCCCCAGCUGCCGGCUCCACCCCCGUGCUGGCACCUCAGGGCGGAGGAGGACUGCCUCAACCUCAACGUCUACUCCCCGACGGUGAGAGAAGGGAAGAGCUCUCUGCUUCCGGUCAUGGUGUGGAUCCAUGGAGGCGGGUACCGCCUGGGGUCUGGGGCUUACUCCAGCGGUAUACCUCUGGCGUCACGUGGCGUGGUGGUCGUCACGCUGAACUACAGAAUGGACGCCCUGGGUUUCCUGUCAACGGAAGAUGAUGCUUGCCCUGGAAACUUUGGUCUUUUGGACCAGAUUAUGGCGCUUCAGUGGGUCAGAGACAACAUCGACAGUUUCCAUGGUAACCCUAAUCAAGUCACUAUCUUUGGGAGUAGCGCUGGUGGUGCCAGUGUGUCUCUUCUCAGACUUUCACCUUUAGCGGCAGGCCUGUUUAACACUACCAUCAUCCAGAGCGGAGUUUCACUAAGCCCUUGGGCUGUGGGCCAGGCCCUGGACCCUGUCCCUCCAGCACAGUGGGCCCGGCGUCUGGCCCAGAAGGUGGGCUGUACAAGAGACAGGAGUCAGGCCUUGCUCACCUGUCUACAACCGUGCCAGUGGACAACCUCCUCAACGCCAGCGCCCUCCUGGCAGAAGAGACGAUCAAAUUAUAUUCAGACCCGUGGUGAGAACAUAUUUGGUGUUGUGCCAGACCGGCCUGUCCAGCUGCUGAGGAAUGGCGUGGCUAACGAUGCCAUUUCCGUCCGGGGAUUCACACGAGACGAGUAUUCCAGCUUUAUGCUAGACUCCUCGUUACUGGAUUUUUCGCGCCGGAGGAUUGAGGAGUUCGUGAGGCAGCUGGCUCAGAGGAGUUUUCCACGUGAUCCAGAUACAGCUGCUUCAGCCAUCAUCAACCAUUACAUCAGUCAGGCCAAGUCAGCAGAACAGCUGAGAGAAGCAGAUAGAGGAUAUUCGAGUACCAAUGGGGCCAUACUGGUAAAUACUGUAACUCCAUUCCAGGCACUAACAGACUUCUACAUCGUUGCACCAACCAUGAUUGAAAGCCAGGCAGUAGCGAAACUUUCUGGAAAGGGGCGAGUGUAUCUAUACCAAUUCAGCUACCGCGCCACCCACUACAGUGUCCCCUCGUGGGCAGGCAUCCCACACGGAUCAGAUUUACCUUUCAUAUUCGGGACACCCCUUCACAUGGAAGAAGAACAGUGCGGCUUUAGGUUCAACUGGACUUCUUCCGAUGUGGCUGUUUCUAGCAAUGUCAUGAGCUUGUGGACAAACAUCGCCAAAUAUGGGAAUCCUACACCAACACCGCUGAACGGUACAAGAUGGACACCAUACGACUUGCAGGGUCAAGAAUACUUGGACAUUGGCACCUCCCUCACCCUCAAAGCACGUUUGAAAGAAGACCUCAUACAGUUCUGGACCAACCUCUUCCACAGGCACGGGUACCUGGACCCUCACCCGUCCCCCGUGAACUCCUCCAACAAGUUAUUUCUCCCUGCUGCGGUCACUGUUUUAAGCGGCUGGAGUGUCUUAGCGAUCAUUAAAAGUAAUUUUAGGUUACAUGUGCUCUUCUUUCUUUGGCAGUAAUCAUCACCGACAGCUUGCUAAAAAAACUGAAUAGCGGCCUCACUCGUACUUAGACCAAGCCAAGUCCCAUGCGCCUCACCCCAUCCCUGACAAUUGUAGUUCAGGACAGAAGCGCCGAUACACGCCGUAUUCCAUCCCAGACGAAGUUUUAGAUAAUUUUUUAUGUAGAAGAAUGAAUGAAAGAACGACUGAUCAAGCGACCAAACAGAUGGACAGAGGGAUGAAUGAAUGGAUGAAUGAAUAUUUUGACAUAGUCGCUCAAUGUAUCUCUUGAAGUAUUUCAUGUUGGUGUGUAAACAUAUUAUUCCUGUGUAUUAAAAGUGACUAGAGGCUCACAAAAUUUG